ACGUCACCGCAGCGCACAUGACACCCGCUGUGUGAUCGUCUCUGAGGCGUGUUUGGAGUCAAGGCUCUCCCCCAAGUUACUAAUGACAAAAAGUUUACCGGUGCUUUUUUUUACCCCGACGUCACUCGUCAUGCUGGACCAGUCUGGUGGUGGGCCACACCGCGGCCGUGUCAGCGCAGAGAUCCGACCCAAAGCGACUAAAAGCCGGGCGGUGCGGCCAGAAGCCCCGGUGAUGGAGAGGAGCACCAGAAAGAAAGUGAUUGAGAUUGGUGGAUUUACUUUAUCCACUAGGAAAUUUCUAGUGGCUUUGGACAUACUUUGCCUCGUCCUUGCUUCCAUCCCGUUCUUUAUAUCUGAGCUGAAGGCAGUGGGUCCUUACAAAAGAGGUUUUAUUUGUGGAGACCUCAGCAUCGCCUACCCCUACUUGCGCUCUGAGACCAUACCAGAUGAAGUCCUCAUCGCUGCCGGCAUCCUCAUCACGGGCGUCACGAUCGCUUUAGGGGAGUGUUACCGGCUGCGGUACCUAGGUGUCACCUCCAAGGCUUUUGUCAAGAACAAGUAUGUGUCCUGUCUGUACAAGGAGUUGGGCUGCUUCCUGUUUGGCUGCUGUGUUGGCCAAUCACUGACAAACAUAGCCAAGCUGAGUGUGGGCCGUCUGCGGCCGCACUUCCUGUCGGUGUGUGGGGUCACGUAUGCGUCGCUCCAAUGCACGGAUGGAACAUACAUAGAACCACUCUGUACCAAAACUGACCGUCGAUUGAUAGAGGAGGCCAGGAAGUCCUUCUUCUCUGGCCACGCUUCAUUUGCUAUGUACACAAUGCUCUAUUUAGCCUUUUAUCUUCAGGCUCGGCUGACGUGGAAAGGGGCUCGCCUGAUAAAGCCUGUGCUGCAGUUCUUCCUGUUUUUGCUGGCCUUCUACACAGGUUUGACCCGCGUCAGUGACAACAAACACCACCCAUCUGACGUGGUUGUUGGGUACAUACUGGGAGCCCUCACUGCAUACUGGGUGGCCUACUACAUCUCGUCCAUGUUUAAGAAGCCAAGCUGGGAUAAGGAUGCGGUAGAGACCCAGGACAAGCCCUUAUCAGCACAUCACAGCAUCUGCUAAGGCUUCCCUCCACCUGUGUAGCCGCCAGGUGUGCUUCAGCAGAAGAUGAGAAGAAUGUGAGCCUACUUCCUGUGACGUUAAACCACAUACCUCAGCUUUUUGGAAAAGGGCGCGGCAGAGGAUGUGACAGAAAGAGUACACAGCAAUAUUGUAAAGUCCUUUACUCUAUAGGCUCUGUUUGUUGUUGCCAUGGCAACAGAUCACAGACUCUCCUCAUGUUUUCUCAGCAUCAGCACCUUUGCUCACACAAACGUUGCUGUCGACUAACAGGAUCAGGACAAUGACAUCAUAACACUCAACAUUUCAUCGACUUGAUUUAGAUUCUGAAGGUUUUUUUUGAUGCUCUCAACUGUUUUUGAAUUAAAAACACAAAAAAAUUGAGGAUAUUUCACAACUUGCAAAAAUAGGUUUUGAUCAUGUGAUUCUUGAGAUGCUUCGGGUCAUUGGCCAACCACAACGUGUAUGUUCUUAAUGUUGAUCUCUAAACUACGUAAUGUAUAAUGUAAGCAGUAUUACCACUAAAGGCCUACUGAAAUGAAUUUUUUUUAUU